AUGAGCACACCCUAUUACGCCAAGCCCGGCGAUAACUCCGAAGAGGCAGCGCUCGGUUUGGCUUGCGUGGUCUCCAUCUCUGUCAUCUGUAAUAGUCGCCUGCUUUACGGAAACUUGGAUCUGACUGGUCAGAAGCAGGUAUUCAAAGCAGAGAACAAUCCCUGGGUCACCCCGAUUGCCGACCAGUUCCAGCUUGGCGUGUCCCAUGUUUUCGAAUACAUCCGUUCUGAGACGUACAAGUAUCUCUACGGCAGACACAUGCAGGCAAACCCCGAACCGCCGAAGAAAAAUAAUGACAAAUCGAAAAAGAUCAGCCGGAAACCCCUGACAGCCAAGAACAAAUAAGGGGUUGGCGUGGGCUGGACUCCCGGUCCCUUCUCUCAUUAUUACUUCUGUUCGCUCAUGCUCUGUCCCACAAUUACAGUUGACCCUGAACAACAAGGAUUUAAACUGUGCAGGUCCACUUAAACUUGGAUUUUUUUUCAAUAAAUACU